AUGCCUUUCACAGCAAGCGAUAUCUGCAAGAUCAUUCUCGCCAUCAUCCUACCACCUCUUGGUGUAUUCCUCGAGAGAGGAUGCGGUGCCGAUUUGCUUAUUAACAUCCUUCUCACCAUCCUUGGAUAUAUCCCCGGUAUUAUCCACGCCUUAUAUAUUAUUCUGAAGUAUUAA